GUUGGAUAACAAGAGAAGUGCCUGGGUCAACCUCGGCGUGGUUGCCGCUUUGUUCACAACCCUCCUUUGGACGUCCAUCGUGGAGCCGUUCCAGAUCUGUGAUGCCGAUGACUGGCUGGCAAGCCACAGGGAGACUGCCAAGCAGGUGUUGACGGUCUUGCUCUACAUCGGCAUUACGUUUGGUCUGGUGGCGGUGGUUAUGGUGGUUCAGCAGCUGGUCCACUCCACUCAAUAU